AGGAAUGCGUUGAAUUUUAUUGCUAAUGUCGACUCCAAAGCUCGCUAUUAGUCUUACCAUGCGAUAAAAACUCCGAUGCCUACUAAUUACAAUUUUAAUCUAGGAUUCGGUACCGGUAUCUAAACUAGGUACCUAAUAAACCAAUAUUAAACGCUUUAAGCACAAUAAUAGAGUUGUGCGAUAUUUUAUUACAAAUGUGAAAAUUAUAAUGAUGGUUCGCUUCACGAAAAUCUUGUUUUUGAUAUGCAUACACAAGUCUCUAGUAGACCUGAAAAAAAUACACCCAAUAAUUCUAUACAAUGUGUCUAUUCCACAAGCACUCGCAGACCCAUAUAUUCCUAGUGUUAUUAAACAAGUAAAAUCUGCAGUAGAUAUAGACACAUUUAGAACUGACGAAGUGUUAUUACGUAAAUAUGUAAGAAGUAAUCUCGAAGAAACUAUACAAUUAAAACCAGAGAGUCGACGAGUAAUAAAACAAGUGACUAAAAAGGGCUCUACAUUGGACCCAUUGUAUACCAAUGCAACUAAUUACCAAUUCAGGACAAAAGUGCUAGAUAGCAUGCUGCAGCUUGUGUAUAUGACACGGCAUUAUUUUAAACAGUUUGAAAAAUAUCAAUAUAUAGACAAAACAUCGAUAAAUUUUAGGAUUGGCUUCGUUUCUAGAAAGCUCAGAAUGCUGUUUAGGAAGGCUGUGAGGAUUUUCGAGAUGCUGAACAUCAAGCAGAGGAAACAAAAAUGGGGUGAGACGGAGAGUAUUACAGCGCCGCUCAGUCUCCACCAUAAGGUAGCGAAGAUUCACGUGGACUUCGAGUAUUAUUACAUCGUUAUAAAGAAGUUGCACGCAAAAGCUCGGCCGCGCGAUCCGCCACAGUACCACCAACCAGUCUGGCAACUGGGGACUAUAGACUAGGUAGACUCGCUCACCUAGCACAGUAUAAGGACGGUGUCGUUUUUUAGACCGAGUAGUUCAACUUCGAUCAUUUUAUAAUCUCGUACGCAGAGCUGUGCUAAUGUAUUUCUUUUAUUUUUAAAUUCCUUGAUUAUUUUAAUUCCGGUACAUACAUAGAAUGGUAAGUGUUAUAUAUGUAUAUAAUAGGCACCUAACAUCAUUAUACAAGGUGUUACAAAAGAUUGACGAUAUAUUUGAGACCAUAAUUAGUAUUAUAUUCCGACAAGGUCAAUUAUAAAACCCAAUUACAGCGCCACCUGCCGAUUCAUAAAAAAUGUCUUUAGUAAGUAAUAAAAAUAAUAGCUAAUAAUCGAUUCGAAAAAAUGUAUCCCGCCUGUAUAGGUGCCGCGUAAAAGUUAGCUUUAGGUUUCCUUAACUUAGCGAUGUCUACAGGAAAGACGCGAACGAGUUUGCAAAAAAAUGUGCUUGAUCCAUUCGAGUUUUUUCAUGAUUAUAAUAUUUGAAUCUUGCAUAUAACUUGAAUAACGUUUGGAGAAAUAGGUGUCCAGAACAUGUAUUUUAUUAGGGUGGCGUCCUGUUUUUUUCUGGUUAUUCCUUUCCAUUGCUUAAUAACACGUAACAAAAAUAAAAACAACUAAAUAAAC